AUGGGUUUGAAACCAUAUCUCGGCCUCCGUGGCAACGCACUCCUUCGGGCAGCUGUUUUAUUAGUUGUUGGUCCAACCUUUACAUGUUAUGGAUACAACAUGAGUGUGGCCGGUGGCCUUUUGACUCUUCCUACCUUUAACGACCAAUUUCCUCGCAUGGACACCAUCCACACGACUGGCGCACAACAACAUAACAAUUCCACCAUUCAAGGCACGGUCAUUGCCCUCUACACCGUCGGUGGCAUUUUCGGGGCCCUUUCAUGCGUCUAUCUAGGAGAUCUACUCGGAAGGAAGAAGGUCAUCUUCUGGACCAACUUUAUCAACAUCAUCGGUGCCCUUCUGAUGGCAACAUCAUUCGAUUUCGCUCAAUUCAUCGUUGCAAGAUUGAUCCUCGGAGUGGGCAUUGGAGGAUAUGUCGCCACGGUGCCCGUCUGGCAAUCUGAAAUCUCACCAGCACACAAGCGAGGCUCGAAUGUCGUUACCGACGGUAUUUUUGUCGGUCUCGGUGUGACUAUAGCCCUCUGGAUUGAUCUCGGCUUCUACUUUGUGAAGGAUAACUCUGUCUCUUGGCGGUUCCCUCUCGCUUUCCCUAUAGUUAUGUCCGCUACAGCCAUGAUCUUUAUCACGGUGCUUCCGGAAUCACCUCGCUGGUUGAUCAAGACUGGCCAGCUCGACAAGGCCCGCAUUUCUAUGGCAGCUCUCCUUGAGCUUGGGCCCGACUCCGAUGAGAUCACCGAGAAUAUUCAACAGAUCCAAACUACCCUCGCUGUAUGCGGAAAUACGUCGUGGACUGCUAUGUUUACAAUGGGAGAGCAACGUCUUUUCCACCGCGCGUAUCUGGCUGCCUCAGGACAAUUCUUCCAGCAGAUGUGUGGUGUGAAUUUGAUUACAUACUACGCGACCAGUAUCUUUCAGCAAUAUCUUGGUCUUGACGCUGUGAAAUCCCGUAUCCUCGCUGCAUCUAUGGGUUUGAUGCAGCCGUUUGGUGGUUUCCUCGCGUACUAUACCAUCGACACACUUGGCCGUCGACCACUGAUGUUAUGGAGCGCAGGGGCCAUGUCCAUCUGUAUGGCCGUUCUCGCCGGUACAACAUCCCCAUCGGCUGCCGAUAAUACAGCUGCCCUAGUGGUCGCAGUGAUAGCGCUCUUCUGUUUCCAGUUUAUUUUUACGACCGGUUACUCUGGUCUUACCUUCUUAUAUGCUGCCGAGAUGGCCCCCCUCCAGGUCCGGGCUGCUGUCAGUGCAGUUUCUACAGCGACAGUAUGGGUUUUCAAUUUCUUGCUUGCAGAAGUGACACCCAUUGGCUUCUCUACCAUCGGCAACAAAUACUAUAUUGUCUUCGCGGUGGUCAAUGCGGCUAUUGUGCCGUCCGUAUACUUUUUCUUCCCCGAGACCAAGGGGCGCACACUUGAGGAGAUUGAUGAAAUUUUCGCACAGUCAAAGAGCAUCUUUGAUCCACCGCGCGUGGCUCGUCGAAUGCAGCUACAGGCUCAUCGGCCGGACUCGGAGAAUAGCGGUUCGAAGAGUGAAUAUGUCCAGGAAGAAGUGAAGGUCUGA